AUACAUACAAACAUACUGAGUACUCUAGAUUUUAAAGUAUGUGUAGGUAGCCCCUAGAACAUAGUGGCUUCAGCUUUAUGUCUUCAUACUUUUACUUUUCAAUGGUGGCUAUAAAAUUAGGCAAUCGGAAUCUGUUAUGUCUGUGUUUCUGUUAAACUCUCAUGGAGAAUACUGGCUCAUUUUAUUCUCUUCUUAACGUCAGAAAGAACUCUUCUGCUCAUGAAAUACGCAGUGCUUAUAAGAAACAGGCAUUGAAAUGGCACCCGGAUAAAUGGUUAGCUGAUCCCUCUUUGUCAGAGAAAGCAAAGCUUCGGUUCCAACAGAUUCGAGAAGCUUAUUCAGUUUUGUCUGACGAUAUGAAAAGAGCUCUAUACGAUGCAGGCAUGUACGAGUCUUCUGAAGACACUGAUGCAUUUUGUGAUUUCCUGGAUGAGAUUUCAACGCUGAUGAAUAAUGUAAAGGUUCAGAGAAACGAGGAGGAUGAGGCUGAAGAACUGCAGGCGAUGUUCAAGAAAAUGGUGCAGGACGACUGGUUUUCGCUUGAUAGUUUUGAUUCUCCCAAAGUAAAAGACUUGAAACGCAUUACUAAUAAGAGAAGCUGCAGAAAGGCCUAGUGAAAGAGGUGGUCUAAUCGUUUUUCAAGAAAGAAAACAUAAUAAUGAUAGUUGCUAUCUAAUUGUUAGCAGCAUACUUUGGCGAGCUAACAGCUUAUAUUAUUCAAUUAUUUACUCUGGGAUAACGAGGGCUUGUAAUUGUAUCUCAAAUUUGAGACUGUUUAAUCAAUUGAAUUAAAUUACAUGAAAAUGUUUUAAUUA